AUGCCGUCCAGACCGAGGAAGACCCGGGAGCUUCGGGGCCACGUGAGCCACGGCCACGGCUGCCCCAGCCAGCACCGGAACCCCCGGGAGCCCCGGGGUGAUGCAGGUGGCAGGCAUCGCCACAGGAUCAACCUCGACAAACAUCACCCAGGUCACUUUGGGAAAGCUGAUAGGAGGCAUUGCUACUGAAAGAGGGACCAGAGCUUCUGCCCCACUGUCAACUCUGACAAGCUGUGGACGUGGAUCGGUGACCAGACCAGGGUAAAUACUGCCAAAAACAAGACCGGAGUUGCCCCCAUCCCUGAUGUUGUGCGAUGCGGCCACUACAGAGUUCUGGGGAAAGGAAAACUGCCUAAGCAGCCUGACAUCAUGAAGGCCAAAUUUUUCAGCAGAAGAGCUGGGGAGAACAUAAAGGGUGUUGGGGGCGCCUGUGUCCUGGGGACUUGA